UACUUUCCAGAACCAAUCAGUGGCGAGGUCAGGGGCGAGCGCUAUAUCAGCUGUGCAGUUGGAUCUCAGCUUUAUUUGGAAAAAGAGCUUCAAGACGGGUAACUUUUAAAGACGUUCAAAGAAAUCAUGGCACCGAUUCUCCUGAACGCUGUGGAAAAUGAGCACAGUGACUACAUCAAACAACAGGUCCAGGUGAAAAACCCUUAUUUGGGCUCUAUGGAGGAAGACAUUCUCUACCACUUCAGCUUGAGCACCAAGACUCACAACCUCCCAGAGAUGUUCGGAGACAUUAAGUUCGUGUGUGUUGGUGGCAGCCCAAACCGGAUGAAGGCCUUCGCCCAGUUCAUGCACCAGGAGCUGAAAUUACCCGGAAACCCUAAAGAUAUCAGAGACAUCUGCGAAGGAACUGAUCGCUAUUGCAUGUACAAAGUUGGACCAGUGCUUUCGAUAAGUCAUGGCAUGGGUGUCCCCUCCAUCUCCAUUAUGCUGCAUGAGCUCAUCAAGCUGCUGCAUCACGCCCAGUGCCACGAUGUGGUCUUGUUCCGCCUGGGAACAUCCGGUGGUGUUGGCCUGGCUCCAGGGACGGUGGUGAUCACAGAUAAGGCGGUGGACUACGCUUUCCUACCUCAGUUCGAACAAAUCGUUCUGGGUAAAGUCAUCACCAGGAGCACCGAGCUGGACGAGGGAGUCGCCAAUGAGCUCCUGCUGUACUCCUCAGAAAUUCAAAACCUUCCAGCGGUUAUCGGAAACACCAUGUGCACCCACGACUUCUAUGAAGGUCAAGGCAGACUUGAUGGAGCUCUCUGCUCCUUCUCUCACGAAGAGAAACUGGAGUACCUGAGGAAGGCUUACGAGGCUGGAGUGAGGAAUAUUGAAAUGGAGUCCACGGUCUUUGCCGCCAUGUGCAGAGUUUGUGGUCUUAAAGCGGCUGUGGUCUGCGUGACCCUGCUGAACCGCUUUGAUGGGGAUCAGAUCACCUCCCCUCAUGACGUUCUGGUCGAGUACCAGGAGAGACCUCAAGUCCUGGUGUCUCACUUUAUCAAGAAACGUCUGGGACUGAUAGUCUAAAACUUCUGGAACCACAGAAUACUGUAUAUAUAUUUGACUGAUUUGUGAAUAUGUAUAUAAAAUACUGUACCUAAUGUAAUAUUUGACUCUUAUGUAAGAGUGUUAAGAUCAUUUAAAUAACUAUGCUAAAAUACAAGCAUGUUGCUUAUUCAAGUAUGUACUAUAUUUUUCUAAAAUAUUAAAURUUUUAAUAUUUAUGUAAAAUAGAAA